UCUCUAUUAAAGCUUUUUAUAUCGAGCAAAAAUCGUACGAGUUUUGUUCGUAAAAAUAAAUUGUAUUCGCAACAGAAAUUUUAAACGGUUACCGGAACGCGUAAUAUUUCCGAGUUUCAUCUUGAUUUUAAAAUAUUUGUAUUUAUUUUCGAAUAUUUACAUUUAUUUGUUAUUAUUAAUUUUAAUAUUCCCGUGGGAACGGGACAAUUAUAAAAUUGAACAGUAGUCAAAGAUUUUCCUUUCGAACACCUUUCUUGUCCUUCGUAGAUACGUGCCUGUUACAGGCACUUACGCGGUAGUAAUAACUCUACGUGUCGUUUCGAACUUAGUUAGUUGGCGAAUAUCGGCGGGAGAGGUUGUGUCCUCCGUCUUUUGGUUCAGUCCGUCGUUACAAGUGUUUACGAUUUACAGUCGGGCUGAUGUGCUGCGAAACAUUAUGCUCGCAUGUUGGAUUUAAAGUGGCGCGCGCGGCGAAAUCAUUUUUAACAGUUGGCAGGACUGUUCGGAAAAUUCGGAAAGUGAACAGGUGUUUUUUGAAUGGAUUAGGGAGAAUAGACGACGAGGACGCAAAAGGAUUUGCGAAUGGAGAAAGAUCGACGAACGGCGCGUUAUUCGUGAUUGAACAGCAGUUUAAAAAAUGCAUUGGGAUUUAUGCUCUGAUUUGUAUUGCCAUAGAAAAUGAGGUAUAAGCGACAGUCGCAAUUAUGACAUGCAAGGACGACAAAGAUAGGAGGCGGGCGACCUAGCGAUUCUGUGGUUCUACAGUGGGAAUAGAAGCGGAAGUUAAAUAUGCCACACCAGUUUGGACUGCCUACGAUGGCGCACGGAAUGCAAUCUCCUCCUUCGCCGACUUCGGUCAUGUCGGUGUAUCCCCGAUUCGGGUCCGGUGUCUACAGACCGGACCAUCAGGACCAGAGAUUAACGCGCGAGGCGAUGGAGCGUUAUUUGCGCGACAGGAGCGACAUGGUGAUCGUGAUUCUUCACGCGAAGGUCGCGCAGAAGUCGUACGGUAACGAGAAACGAUUCUUCUGCCCUCCGCCCUGCAUCUAUCUGUUCGGCGACGGCUGGAGGAUGCGGCAGGAGCAGAUGCUUCGCGAGGGAGAGAGCGAGCAGUCGGCUCAGCUCUGCGCGUUCAUCGGUAUAGGGAAUUCCGAUCAGGACAUGCAGCAGUUGGACCUGAACAACGGUAAACAGUAUUGUGCCGCAAAGACGUUGUACAUUUCCGACUCGGACAAGAGGAAGCACUUCAUGCUCUCGGUGAAAAUGUUCUACGGUAGCGGGCACGAUAUAGGGGUAUUUCACAGUAAAAGAAUUAAGGUGAUCUCGAAGCCGUCGAAGAAGAAACAGUCGCUGAAGAAUGCCGAUCUGUGUAUCGCGAGCGGUACGAAGGUGGCACUGUUCAACCGGCUACGAUCGCAGACGGUGAGCACGCGGUACCUUCACGUGGAGAACGGUAACUUCCACGCGAGCUCGACGCAAUGGGGCGCGUUCACGAUACACCUGUUGGACGAUAACGAGAGCGAGUCGGAGGAGUUCCAAGUGCGAGACGGGUACGUGCAUUACGGGAGCACGGUGAAGUUAGUGUGCUCGGUGACGGGUAUGGCUCUGCCGCGUUUGGUAAUCCGGAAGGUGGACAAGCAGAUGGCCAGCCUGGAGGCCGACGAUCCUGUCUCGCAACUGCACAAAUGCGCGUUUUAUAUGAAAGACACGGAUCACAUGUAUCUCUGCUUGUCGCAGGAACGCAUAAUACAAUUCCAAGCGACGCCCUGUCCGAAAGAGGCGAACAAGGAGAUGAUAAACGACGGCGCGUGCUGGACGAUAAUCAGCACGGACAAGGCGGAGUAUCAGUUUUUCGAAGGGAUGGGACCGGUCAGGUCACCGGUGACGCCAGUCCCGUUGGUGCACAGCCUGCACUUGAACGGCGGCGGGGACGUUGCGAUGCUCGAGCUGACCGGCGACAACUUCACCCCGAAUUUGCAGGUGUGGUUCGGCGACGUGGAGGCCGAGACCAUGUACAGGUGUCAGGAGACAUUGCUGUGCGUAGUGCCCGACAUAUCGCAGUUCAGGGGCGAGUGGCUAUGGGUCAGGCAGCCGACGCAGGUGCCAGUUUCAUUAGUACGCAACGACGGUAUCAUUUAUGCGACUGGCCUGACCUUCACCUAUACCCCGGAGCCAGGGCCUAGGCCGCAUUGUCCGCCGGCCGAUGAAAUCAUGAGAGCACCGCGUUCCAUGCACAAUCAAGCCAGUAUGCCGCCCGCGAUCGCGGACGUACCUUGGAACACGCAUCAACCACCUCAGCCGGGUCUCUGAUGUUUCCUAGACAAUUGCACUGUGCGUCACCAAAGUUCACGGGCCAGCGAAACGGAUGCCGUUUGUCGGGCCGAUCACGACAACAACAACAACAACAACAACAACAACAACAACAACAACAACAACAACAGCAACGAGGACUCCGACAACGAGAACGUUCUGGCCGCUAUGAAUGGCGAGCCGGCGAACGAGGACGGUAGCUCGAUGGUAUACGCGACGAAAGACUUGUUGCUUCGAGCCGAUUACGCGGAGACGCGUCCAGACAAUACAAAGAUGACGUAGCACCAUUUUUCGUUACGUCGUCGACAUCCUUCUGCGUAAUGCACCUAACCGAAUCCGUGUACAGCGUGUCGUGUACCCUGUCCCCAUGUUCAUACCGCGAUCCUACCGUAGCCCCCCUUAGCUUUAAGUGUUGAUAAAGAUUUACACAGAGAGAAAAUAAUAAUUUAUGGCACUCCUAGGAUUAAGAGCUUUCUACGAAUGUGAAUGUAUAGCGAAUUACGUGGCGCAAUAACGAGAGAAAACGAGAAACGCGAUGAACGCCGUGAAAACCGACGGCCUGGUCCGCGUAAUUGCACAUAUCGAUCGUUCGAAAUCAGUUUCAAACUCGGCGUCGAUCACGUUCGGCGAAUGAUUCCGAGUUGCGGGAGAAAUCUUUGAUCUUCGACUCGAUCGCAAUACCUCGCGAACCGACACAACAGACGUGUACACGCGUACGUUUCGUUUCGUGCGUCUCAAUCAAAUUUUCGACAAAUCGUACGUCUCUACGAUCGACGGACUUCGAGAGCGGCCGCGUAUCUCGCUCGUAGAGAAGUCGAGCCGACAGAACCGCGCGGACAAGUGUUCCUUUCUCGAUGGAAGGAUAACAGAGACUUCGCAAAUGGAGCGUCGAUCCAUUUCCCGUUUUAGUUUCAUUCUCCUUUUUCUUCUUUUCCCGUGGCGUUCAGUCUCGCGGAUCCAAUUACGUACUGUACCGUACUUACGCGUCGACGUACGCUUUAGAAAACCGCCACGAUCACGUUACGUCGCGGAUGCGCGAAUUUUCAGAUAGGCGUUCGUAUAGAGAAUUUUACGAAAUUUUAUGCACAGCUGAUUCGCAUCGAUUACUUCGAUUUCCCGCGGCAUCCGUCAUCGGUCUCUCACGCGGACGUUUCCUAUUUAUUCCCAGGAUUCGUAUCAUUUCGCCGAUAAGAUUGUCGCGCCCGUCUGUACCGAUUUCACGGAAUUCCUUUCUAAUGCAGACCGCGCUGAUCCGAUUCAAGGGAAAGACAUGUAUAUCGGCGGCGUCUCGAUACGGAAUCGAGACAAAGGCGAAACCACCGUGACACACGUUCUCGCGUCUCUCUUAUGUUUUACAAUAAAUUAGACAGAUUUCUAUACGA